AUGUCUAUCUUGCCUCAACACAAAUACCCUUUAAGGUCUCUAACCGACGGUCCCACGUGCCCGCGGCCGUGCCGUAUUGCACGUUUGACAUGUUCAGCUACCACAACCAAGCCUAGGUCCAGCCAGAAUCAGCUAGUCAUCGAGCCAAGGCUCGUGACUACACCGGACCCGGUCACAACCAUUCCUAGUACUGGCACUCCCUUGCCUAAUGAACCAAGUUUGGAAUCAACGUGGCCUCACAGGGGGUGGGUGGCUAGUGGGUGCACCACAUUGGUCAUUUCACUAGCCAAGGCCAUGAUGGGUGCAGCUGAUUCUCAUGUGUGGCUCGAGCCUAUGCUAGCUGGUUAUGUCGGGUACAUUGUAGCUGAUCUUUUGUCCGGGGUGUACCAUUGGGGUGUCGACAAUUAUGGUGAUGCAUCGACUCCAGUUUUCGGUUCACAAAUCGAAGGAUUCCAGGGUCACCACAGAUGGCCCUGGAUUAUCACCAGGCGCCAGUUUGCUAACAAUUUAUAUGCACUGGCUCGUAACGUAACUAUCACUGUGCUUCCAAUAGACAUUCUCUGCAACGACCCUGUGGCUCAAGGCUUUGUUAGUAUCUGUGCCGGUUGCAUUAUGUUUAGCCAACAAUUCCAUGCUUGGUCCCACGGCACCAAGAGCAAGCUCCCUCCAUUGGUGGUCGCGCUACAAGAUGCUGGUGUGCUUGUCUCCCGGUCGCAACAUUCUGCACACCAUAAGCCACCAUAUAACAGUAACUACUGCAUAGUGAGUGGAGUUUGCAAUGAAUUUUUGGACAAGAACAAGGUGUUCGAGGCAUUGGAGAUGGUUAUAUUUUUCAAGCUCGGGGUGAGACCCAGGUCUUGGAGUGAGCCUGGUGCUGAAUGGACUGAAGAAACUGAUGAAACUCAACCUCAAGUUACAGUUCAUUGAAACAUUUUCCCCCCUCUUGUAAUAAGAAGCAAAAGCAAACAUUCAAUAUUUGAAGUGAUUUGUUUAUGUGGACAACUGGCUCUGGGGUGCAUAUAUAAUCAUGAGCGUCUGCCACAAGCAGCAUUGCAUUGUUAUCAGAAAGAGGUACCAUUUAUCAAUUUUUACUAGAAAUUAAAACAUUUAGAGAUUUAUUGUUAUGUUUGUAUACAUAAUCAUGUUG